UCGAAUCCCCUCGCUCCCUCACUCCGCCGCCGCCCCUCCUGAUUGGACGUCCAUCCCGCCUUUCAGCACCCGGGCACCCAAUCGGGAGGAAGGGCGUGCUUGGGGGGGUGGUCCCUCCCUCUCGCGACCCUCCGGCGGGAGCCUGGGCUAAAGCGGAGAAAGGCGCCGAGCGCCAAGGCAGGAGGAGCUCCGGGCGGGACGGGAUGUUGCUGACGCUGCUGGGCCUCGUGCUGGGCGCCCUCGGGGGCGCCGCGGCGGCCGCUGGCUUUAUAAAGUCGCCGCUCUCUCAAAAGCAGCUGACAGACGACAGCGUGGAACUCUACUGUGAGGCGGUCGGCAGCCCCAUCCCCGAGAUCCAGUGGUGGUACGAGGGGGCUGAUCCCAACGACACGGCCAUCCAGCUCUGGGACGGGGCCUGGCAGGACCGGGUCAAAAUCAACGCCACCUACAAGCAGCACUCCACCAGCACCAUCUCCAUCGCCAACCUCACGCUCAACGACUCGGGCACGUACGAGUGCCGAGCGAGCAAUGACCCCGACCGCAACCAUUUGUCGAAGAGCCCCAAAAUCAAGUGGAUCCGUUCCCAGGCGAACGUGAUUGUCAUUGAGCGACCUCAGAUCUCAUCUACUCCAGAAGUAACGUCUGGCUCAAAUGUGGUUAUUUCCUGUAACAUCACUGACCCACCGUCACCCAUCAAAAGCCACUACUGGAUGAAGGGGGAGACGAGGCUGGAUUCGAACGAGACGGCUUUGGGGUUCACCUCAUACAUGAUUGCCAAAGUGGACCCUGAAAGCUCGGGAGAGUACCACUGCGUCUUUGACACCGUUCCCAUCUCAAGAGCGACCGUCUACGUGAAAGUUAAGCCCCAUGUCUUCGCCUACAAGAAGUCAGAGCACGGGAACGAGAAGGACACAGGCGUGCUGACCUGCAAAAGCCACUCUUACCCUCCUGUCACCCAGUGGUCUUGGUUCAAGGUGGUGGAUAACGUGCCGGAGCCCAUCGUCAACGGCUCCGAGGAGCGGUUCUUCAUCAAGUCGGAAGGCAACCGGACGGACCUGCGGAUCGUCUCCCUGGACCUCGAGAAGGACCCGGGCGAGUACAUGUGCAACGGCACCAACGAGCUGGGCGAAGGGAGCGCGGUGGUGAGCUUGCGGGUUCGCAGCCGCCUGGCAGCCCUGUGGCCGUUCCUGGGCAUCGUGGCCGAGGUGCUGGUCCUGGUGACGAUCAUCUUCAUCUAUGAGAAGAGGAGAAAGCCCAACGAGGUCCCUGACGAUGACGAUGGAGGGUCCGCACCUCUGAAGAGCAACGCUGCGAAUCACAAGGACAAGAACAUCCGCCAGAGGAACGCCAACUAAGCCGACAGCCAGGUGACGGGCUAGCUGAGCCUCUUGCUUAGAUGUCUCCCCUCUGUGUGCCUGCUGCACCGAGAAUUACGCUAGCACAUCCUCACAAAGAGUGGUUAGCUUUCACUUUUAAGAGAAACUUAAGCCUGUAGAGUAAACAAAGAAAAUUUUCUCUUUUUUUAAAAGGAAAAAAACAGUUGGAGGCAUUUUUUUUAACUUGAAAGUUUUAACUUUAUCACCUUUUUUGUAUUGUUUUUGUUUGGCUUGUUCUUUGGGGGGGCUUCUUGCCGUAGGUCUCCCUAUUGAACCUCGGGUGUGAAGGGGACUGGAACUGAGGAAAAGACGUAUAGAAAGCAGAAAUAUAUGUAUUUCUGUCCUCCGUGAAGCCAUUCAACAACCAGCAACCUCUCCUUGCCCCCGCCCUCCCGGCGCGCACACACACACACAUACACGCACUCCGAGAAGUGAAUAAACCUUAGUCAGGCUUCGUGAGGCGCUCUUUCCUGCCUUUAAAACAUCAGGGCUCUGUGUGUGGCAGGGUUGAGACUUUGAAAAUCACACUCCCUGCCUUUAUGUUGCACCCUUUGAGCCGGACUGCUUUGUUCCGAGGCAGAUGGGAGCUGCUCAAGCUCUUGCUGGAGUUGCGAUGGGUGUGUGUGUGUGUGUUUGGAUUUCCAUUGCCUGGGAGAGACUCCUGGCAUUUACAGGCCAGGAUGGUUUAUAGAUUGGCCCAGCCCCCCCCCCAAAUAAAGCCAGUGGCCCUUCCUCUUUCUUCCCGGGGGGGCAGGGGACCCCAUUCCCUGCCCAUUGGCCUCCAGCAGCUCUCACUUUUGCGUCAUGAGAGAAAGAGCACGGGCACACGCACACGAAGAGAGAGAGGCGCGCCACAUUUCUGGAAGACGAAAGGGCCGCUUCCUCCGCACCUGGCCUUUUGCUGCCCGGGAGGCCGAGUCCCAUUUCCAACCUGUGGGUGCCGCCUCCGCUACUGUGAUCAGCGGGCCCGGAGCCCCAGGGUGCUUUCUGCUGCCCGACUCCCCUGAUGGAGAACUUUGCUCCUUCAACAGCUUCCCGAGUCCGGAAAGGAAGAGGAGGCGCUCACUCCACCCAGGCCUAGGCCACUGUUCAAUUUGGUUCCCAUGCGAAUAGCUCAUGUGCUGAUUUUGUUCCAAUAAAACAGCCUCACUUCUG